AUGGCGGACGAUGAGGUUGUUGUUUUGGGAUUCUGGCCAAGCAUGUAUGGGACGAGGGCAACGAUAGCUCUGGACGAGAAGGGUGUCAAGUAUGAGUACAGAGAGGAGGACUUGAGGAACAAGAGCUCACUGCUUCUGGAGAUGAACCCGGUUCACAAGAAGAUCCCGGUUCUCAUCCACAACGGUAAACCAGUCUGUGAGUCACUCAUCAUUGUGCAAUACAUUGAUGAGGUUUGGGAGGGUAAAGCUCCUUUGCUUCCCUCUGAUCCUUACCAGAGAGCUCGGGCCAGGGUCUGGGCUGAUUUCAUUGAUAAGAAGGUACCUGAUGCUAGGAAGAAACUAUGGAGCACAAAAGGAGAAGAACUUGAGGAAGCCAAGAAGGAAUUCAUCGACAUCCUUAAGCAGUUGGAAGGAGAGCUUGGAGACAAGCCUUACUUUGGGGGUGAGAGCUUUGGGUUCUUGGACAUUGCUCUCAUCACAUCCUACAACUGGUUUUAUGCAUUUGAGACCCUUGGAAACUUCAGCACAGAGGCAGAGUGCCCCAAGCUGAUUGAAUGGGCCAAGAGGUGCAUGCACCGGGAGAGCGUUUCGAAAUCUCUUGCCGACCCUAAAAAGGUGUAUGAGUUUCUUCUUGGCUGGAUAGCUGGAUAG